AGUAUAAGCCCUAAGUCAUAUUUUGAACAAUUGGUUUUUUAUAUAAAUUUUUUAUACUGAGAUAAGUGAAGCUUAAGACUCGAUUUUUAUAUGAACAGAACAAAGGUGCCUUAUCAAUUCCAUCGGGAAAUAUGCGUACGUGGAACGCAUGAGUAAACCAAACAAAUAUGCAGAAUAAAAUCAAAUGUUGAAUUAAAAACAAUCUGUUGUAAAUGCGAUAAGGGAAAAUACGUUAAAUACUAGUAAUUUUUCUAUAGCCAACCAGAAGUUCAAAAUAUCUUUCGUUUCUAUAUCUAGAAGGCUUAAAUUCAAUAGAAGACUGUAUUUUUUGAUAUCAAUCAAGUAAAUAAUACUGAUUUAAAAUAUCUGGACAAAAUGGCAGCUAGUUUAUUAGAAGAGGCAAUGAGUUGCGAUCACAAAGGACGGAUGAUACAAGCACUAAGUUUGUACGAGCGUAAUGCUUUUGUACUCAUGAAUAAAAUGAAAGAAGGCCAUGGAGAAACCAAGCAGCAACUUCAGCAAAUUCCGAAAUUAAUAGACAGAAUUGACAUCCUGACAAAGAGAAUAGAAGAAAAGUUUCGUCCUGAAAAAUGUUUAAAAAAACAAAUUGUUAAUAACGAUGAUAUAGGGAUCGGCUAUGAUCACAUCUUUGGACCGUACCUAAGCUCGAAGAUAAUUGAAGUAAUAGUUGAGGAGCCACUACUGCGACAUGAAAACCAUUAUCGGAAUUUAGAAGAGUUCCUGAUUAUGCUGAUAAAUCGUUGCGAAAAAUUGAAAUUCGUCCGUAUUGUUACAAUACAUGAUGUCAGUGCUAACUCCACUCAGGAAUCAAGAUUGAAUAAACUAAAAUCUGAUAUUUUAAGAAGUGGUUUACGGAUGGAUAUUAAAUAUACAAUGAACGACGUAAUCUCAAAAAUAGUUUUCGAUAAUGGCCAUAUAUUUAAGCUUGGACUUGGCUUAAAUUUUCAUAAAAAUGAUAUCAAUGAGUAUGGAUUGAUUAUUCCAAGGGGUUUAAGUGAUAGUAAAUGUUUGUCGACAUGUUACGAGGUGUGGAAGUGUGCUGACUUCUAACAUUUCGUGCUCUACAUUUUUUGGUGCUUGGAUUUUUAACUUUUUUUUAUUUAUUUAUUUUUCUAUAAUUUAAAAAAUUUACACGAAUUAUAUUGAAGAAAAAAAUCCUGUUUGAAGCUCUUGCCUAGAUGUUUUGUUAUUUUUUGUUGAUUGAUGUUCUGUUCUGUUCUGUUAAAGAAUUCAA